CGGAGAUGGAUUUCACCCGAAGUUCUUUGCUGAACGGUGGUGAAUAUCACAACUACAGUGUUCCUUUGGUUCAAACAUGCGUUCGUCAAAAGACAAAAAGGAUUGAAAAGAAAAAAAAAACAAAAGAAGACAAGUAAACGGAAUUUGGGUCUCCAAAAUGCUUUGCACGGAAAGAGGACACACACGGGCUGUACGCAACUGGCACACAAACCACUCGGCAGAUUGGAGGGGGAAUAGCGAAACCACUAAAGUUGCUUCCUUCACUGUUUUGCAAAACUCGGUGGUUGAGAGGUGCUUUUUGGAGAGUUGAUUUGGUUCAAAUUUUAAGGGGAGGGAUUGGACCGCAAGCGUUCGUAAGAAAAUAAAAGAAAAAGUAAACAGGAAGAGGAAAUCCAAAGCAAAAGACAGGUUUUUAAAAAUCGACGGACAAGACUUUUGUCGCGGCAUUCCAUUCACCGCUCCGCUCCGCAUCGUUUCUUCUUUCGUGUCCUGUCUCCCACAUUUUGAUCUCAUAGCGCCCUAUUUCAUCCAUCAUGGCGAUGACAUUAUUUGCGUCGCUUCUUCCCCCUGGACUCGCUGACGGCGGGGAAGAUGAACGAUGGCAUCUAGUAAAGAUUUAUCAGGCUGUGGAUAUCGUUUGGGGAUUUUGGAUCAUCAAUUCGGUGUUUGGAAAAUGUAUGCAACAUUACAUCAAGACGGGUAUAUCCUCCCAGCGGUUUGGUGACAAGAUUUUAGUGUGGUUGACGGCUGCCUCGUUUGUUCAUUUCAUUGGACGGAUCGUCAAUGCUGUAAAGAUAACGCCGUGGUAUAUCCCUGUUCAACUCUUUUGGGACAGGUUUUAUCUUGUGCUAGUGCUUGCGUCGUAUGGUGCUAUUGCCGCAAAGCUGUAUGCCACCAUCAGCACCGAGAGAUCUCAUUCCCUAUUCGGGUCAUGUCGGUUCCUCGCUGCCCUUACUGGGACACCCAUGAUUCUAGCACUUAUAGCACAAUGCGUUAUCGCGGCCCACCUUCCGAGGUUAAUUUACCAGCUUGAAGUCCUACUCUGUGGGACCAUGACCAUGGCGUUUAUAAUCAACUGUGUGAUUCUCAAUAUUGCCCGCCGACGCACGGCAAUGCAUUUCCAAAACGCCAAAGCGAGGAUGACGCCCUUACAAGAUCGUCGGCAAACAGUCAUGCUCCGGAAAUUGAAUCUCUUGUACUUGUUUACGAUUAGCGGGUCUCUGACGUGUGCCGGAUUCGUCGUCCGGCUCAUUGUGUUUAGUCCUGCAGAGAUUGAUUUCAAUUUCCCCAAGCGUCCCGUUCAAGUCUGGCACGCGGCCGUCAUGACGGGGAUUGGGAUUCUUGAAAUGGUUUUUCUCGGGAUUAGUGCCGCUACAGCUGCAGACUUGUUUGAAGUAUCGGAUUUCACUGCCACGUCACCAUUCUUGCGUACUUCGAAUCACACGGGGAGUGCAACGCCAGUUCAAGUCACUGUUUCCGUUCCCGCUGUUCGAGUUGGACCGCUCAGCAGUACGGCGAGUCUAACCAACUCGGUCAACCGUGAAUCGACUUUGGGUAGCCCUACUGAUCCAGCCGCUAAACCUUUUAAUGAGAUUGCUCAGCGAGAGUACCGUUUAAUCGAGGAAGACGAGGCAUGGACCCGAUUGUGCAUCCAAACCGCCGAAGAACAAGCCAUGUGGUGGAAGAAUUGGAGGAGCAUGACCUGGAAAGAGUUUACCACCUUCCCAAACCCCAUUAACGAAGCUGAAGUCCGGAUAUGGAUUACCUGGGCCUUUAUUGGGUGUACAUUGGGUCCUAUUGUAGAUAUUUACUGGAACUCUCCUGCGGCGUAUUGGACCAUUAUGACGCUUGCGUUCCUUCGAGCCAUGUUUGGAUUUCGAUUGGACCCAUUGGGGUACAUUAACCUCUUUAUUUUGAAACCCCUCAUUGUGGAUCGGUGGGGAUGGAUUGAAGAUCUCAUGGUGGCUGGCCCACCCCGGAAACUCGCCCUAGUGCAACCCUUACCCUUGAUGUUUGCCUUUACGAUUGCCUGGCAUUUGGGGUGGGUAUACGGUGCCCGAUGGAUUUUCGCCAUUUUUGCAGCGUCGUGUGCUGCGCAAGCCAUGUAUGAUGUGUGCUUGGGGUGUGCCAUGUUUUGGGUGUUGAUCAAACUGGGGAUUGCGAAUGAGAAUGCUUGUGAGGUGUGCACGGCAAAUUACGUCUGUAAGAACCGGAUGAUGCUUUCCAAACCUGCACCGCAGAAACAAGAGGUGCCGCUCAAUGGAGGGUGGAAAUGAUAAAUACCUGGUUUUUAUACGCUUGAUUUGCGUGUCUUUGUAUGUGUUUCGGUGCUUGUGUUCUUUUUUUUUUUUUUCCUUUGCUUGUUUCGUUCAAUGUACGAAUCAUGGGGUUGGGUAUAUGGAUAUAGACUUUAUAGACUACUCAUAGAGAUGUACGGGGUAUGCAUCGUUGGACUUGCAAAAAAACGUUCUGAAUCACAAUCUUUGUGCUCAAAAAACACAACCCAAUGGGUUCCUUAAAUACAC